AUGUCUGAUGGUGUUCGUCUGUCAGCUUCACUCUCUAUUCCUAUACCGAAACAUAAUUAUGAAAAAUUUCCCAUUUUAUUUGAAUAUAAACCUUAUAGAAAAGAUGAUAAUUUAUUCAAUUUUGAUCAACCAAAUAUAUUCUAUCUAACACGACGAGGUUUCAUUGUAACUAAAGUUGAUAUUCGUGAUACAGGUUCAUCAAAAGGUUUUCUUAUUGAACGUGAAUAUACGAUAGAAGAAUUGAAUCAUUGUGAACAUGUUAUUCAACAAUUAGCUAAACGACCAACUGCUCUUCAACCUGUUUUUUUAGCACAUGCUUCUCAUGAUUUCUAUAAAAACGAUAUUCAUUAUCCAGAUGAUAUUGUGCAUCUUAACCAUUACAUUGUUUCAAUUGAUCAAACAAAUGCAUUAUCAGCUACAACUGAUUAUCUUAUCAAUCAAAAAUGGAUUAAACAAUGA